UCAGAGCCGUCCGAGCCGCGGCUACCGCGGAUCCGCGGUUGUCAUCUUAGGAAUUCAACAAGUGCCUAGGUUAUGUUUCUGUUGGCUUAGCGAAAGUGUUCCUGUUAGUUCGCUGUUAAGGAGUCCACAACACUUGAGGAGGUGCAGUGUUUGGGUAUUAUGGUGUGUAGGACUUGAGAUUCGUGUUGUCUUUGUCCAACCACUGCUGGAGUUGACAACGUGCACGGUUUCGCGGGUAAACUUUUGCUGUCACGCUGGGGCUCGCGUUGUGCGGUGUUCUUGCGAGUGCUGUGAUAUCGGAUUGUCGUGUGUCAAGUGCAAUAUAACGGAGCAGGGGUUGACACGUAGUGACCUGUCUGUGAGCUGCUUCUUUCCGGGGUAUUCUGCCCAACAUGUCCGAUUCAUUCGUCGCUAACGGCACCGGCUCACCGAGCCUGUUGAAUACGCUUAGACAGUUUAGGUUUCAGAAGAAAUGUUCGCAGCAGAGCCCCGGCUUGGAGCGACGUUCGCCGUCGAGCGACCAGCAAGGUGAUGUUCAUGGUUCGCCUGAGAGAAAUGAAGAUGAAGUUGUCAUCCCCGAGACUCCCGAAUCGGAGUUGAAGCGGUCUGGGCCGGAAAAAAAUGCCGAAGUGUCUCCUGACGUAACAGCAAGCUGCUCGACUGCUGACUUGGAAGAAGAAAGUCCGGUUGUAACCAAUGGAGUGAGGCGAAAACGUGUCCUCUCAAGCAGCUCUGAAGAGGAUGGAGGGAGCAGCAGCAGUUCAAAGAGACGUGUUUUAAAUGCCGGAAGAACUAACCAUGUGGAGGAUGACAGCAGUAGGGAUAAGAACUCGGAUGAUGAUGAGUGCAUGAGGUACAUGAAUGACAAGGAGAAGGGUCUCAGGCUGCUCAUCGACGAGUUCAGAGCAGCUGACAUCAUGGACGUUCAAGAUGCUCUGGUGGCAUGUAAAUGGAAUGUUGUAAAAGCGCGUAUGCGUUUGCUGGGCAACCCUCCGGGCGUCAAGGCCUCCAGCCCGCAUCGCAAUGCACGGUAUAAAACGGUUUCCUCAUCCAGCAGCAAAGGGGUGGAGUUUGAUGGCGCAGAGGAGGGGAAAGAGGCUUCACCGAAGGUCAAUUCGCAGGAAAAAGUCGCUACGACAACAAGCGAGUCACCAGUGAAGAGCUCGAGCGCCGGUCUUUCCAAGUUCAAGGCCUUCAAUGAUCUCAAAUCUCGAGGCACCCAAAAGAAGGUGUCACAGCGGCCAGCAAAAGCACUGAAGAUCGACGACGCCAGUGAUGAGGAAGAGUACUGCAAUGAGGACAUCUACGGCUCGGCUGAUGACAGUGAGGACAGUGGCGCAGAGGCAGACGAUACACCUGCGAGGGCAGAAACGAAGCGUGCUAUCACAGAGUUCUUUGACAAUGCCUCCUUUAAUGAACUGCUUGCGAUCCCGAGUUGCAGUAGGAAGAAGGCAGAGGCCAUUGUGGAGAACCGACCAUAUGAGACAUGGAAGAAUCUGGUUUUUAAAUUUGAAACAUGCAAGAACUUGACGCCCACCCUCCUGAAUAGUUCCAAGAACUUGCUGCACACACGUGGUGUGGUCAAUCGCCUGAUGGCCCGCUGCCAGAGCAUCUCCGACCAGAUGCAGGAGAUUGUGUCACGCCUUGUGAGCGGUGAGAGCAAGGACUCUGACGAGUACAUCAAGACCCAACCAUCCCUGCUUAACCAAAGCCUCCGUCUCUCCCCAUAUCAGCUCAUUGGCCUGAACUGGCUGGCAGUGAUGCACAAGCAGGAAGUGAAUGGAAUCCUCGCUGAUGAAAUGGGCCUGGGCAAGACCAUCCAGGCCAUUUCCUUCCUGGCGUACCUGCAGGAACAGGGGGAAGCCUCGCCCCAUCUAGUUGUGGUGCCCUCUUCUACAUUAGAGAACUGGAUGAGGGAGUUCACGCUGUGGUGUCCCUCGCUCGACAUUCUCGUCUAUCAUGGCAGCCAGAAGGACCGACGGGAGCUUAAGUACAAAAUUCUUGUGGGUGAAGCAGGAAACUUCGACGUUAUCAUUACGACGUACAACAUGAUUUCUGGAAAUGGAGAAGACAGGAGCCUCUUCAAGAAAGUGCCAUUUCAUUAUGUGAUCUUUGAUGAAGCCCACAUGCUCAAAAACAUGGCCUCACAACGCUACGCCAACCUCAUGAAGAUCAGUGCAAAGCGAAAAAUUCUCCUCACUGGCACCCCACUGCAGAACAACCUCGUGGAACUCAUGUCUCUGCUCACAUUCGUCAUGCCCAACAUGUUUUGCAAGAAGACGGACCAAAUCAAGCUCAUGUUCUCAGCUGCUUCUAAAAACGAGGAGGACCAAAGCAGCUUCGAGCGAAGCCGGAUUGAGCACGCCAAGAAGAUCAUGCGGCCGUUCGUUCUGCGGCGCCUGAAGCAGGACGUGUUGCAGCAGCUUCCCGUCAAGCACGAGGAAGAGCGCUACUGCAUCAUGACUCCUUACCAGCAGACCUGCUACGUCAACUUGGUGGCUGCUCUUUCGAAGGAGUUCAAGGAAAACAAGGAUGCCCAAACAGGGAUGCUGAUGAAGCUAAGACGAGCUUCAAACCAUCCACUGCUUCUACGCAACCACUUUGACCUGGAGAAGCUGCGAACGAUGUCCCGUGUCUUGCUGAAGGAACCAACCUACGUUGACGCCAAUCCUGACCUAAUAUUUGAGGACAUGGAAGUGAUGUCAGACUUUGAGCUGCAUACACUCUGCACCAAGUUUCCUGUCCUUCAUGAGUUCAAGCUCGACGAUGACAAAAUCCUCGAUUCUGGCAAGUUUAGAGAGUUAGAUUCUUUGCUAAAAGAACAUAAAGAGAAGAAAAAUCGCGUGCUAAUAUUCAGCCAGUUCACUAUGAUGCUGGAUAUCCUGGAGGUAUACCUCAACAUCAGGCACCACAAAUGGUUGCGUCUUGACGGCCAGACUUCUGUGCCUGACAGGCAGGACCUGAUAGACCAGUUCAAUGGGGACGACGAAAUCCUGGUUUUCCUCCUCUCCACACGAGCAGGAGGCCUGGGGAUCAAUCUUACAUCUGCCAAUGUGGUCAUCAUUCAUGACCUAGAUUUUAACCCUUACAAUGACAAGCAGGCGGAGGACCGCUGCCACAGGCUGGGCCAGAACAAGGACGUUUACAUAAUAAAACUAAUCAGUAAAGACACCAUUGACGAAGGAAUUCUGGCUAUUGCAAAGGACAAACUUAAGCUUGAAAGAGAGAUUACGGACGAGACAGCCAAAGAAGAUAUGGAUGUGGCCAGCGUUGCCCAAAUUCUCAAAGUUGCGUUGGGCAGCUAGUUGUUUCCUUCACGAAUGCAACUUCGUCUUCUUGAAUUAUUAUUUUUAUGUUUUCUUCAAAGAGAUAUUUUAACCUGUUCUUCACUGAGACUUGGGCUAAGAUGCCAGUCUGCCCUUUCCCGUUUUUUUUUUCUUUUCACUGUACAAUUUUGUGAUAUACAUUCGUUCUCUUUUA